UCUCUCGAUUCUCUCUCAUUUCUUUAGCAUUUCGAAGCUAGGAACUCGCAUAUUUUUUUUUUGUCAUUUCUCGGUAUCGAUUCUCGUUUUCCGAUUGUUUUUUCUUCGAUCGAAUCCCAUGAUUUCAGUGAUCGUAAUGUUCGAUCAAGGCUUCGUAUCUGUUUGGGUCGUGAUCGUCGUUUUAACACUGCUUUUGUCAAGUUUUCAAGGUCUUUGUCAUUUCGCAAAGUGAAGAGGGUUGUUUUACUUAAGUAUGGCCUUGAAGCUCCUACGAAUUUUAGCGUUGAUUAUAGCAUCAAUCUAUGUUUUUUUUUUCCUUUUUAGUCUUUUGAUGCUUCAUUGCAGCGAAUUAGGUGAAAUGGGAGGACAAAAUCGAACGAUUGUUGUCGCUGUCUUUCUAUCUUUCCUGUUGUAUUGUUCCGUCUCCUCUGAGCGAAAUGACGGGACAUUGAGAAUUGGGCUGAAAAAGUUGAAGCUGGAUCCCAACAAGCUGCACGACUCGAUUCCAAGCGAGAAGAAGCGUUGAGAGCUUUCCGUUUUCGAAACAAGCUCGGAGAUUCUGGAGAUACCGAUAUCGUUGCGCUGAAGGAUUACUUGGACGCUCAUUAUUAUGGUUGCCUGCUUCUUCCACAACAAGUACAAGUCAUCUCGUUCGAGGACAUACAAGAAAAAUGGAAAGUCUGCCGCAAUUCACUACGGCACUGGAGCAAUCUCGGGUUUCUUUAGUAAUGAUGCCGUUAGGGUUGGUGAUCUGGUUGUCCAUGAUCAGGAGUUUAUUGAGGCAACCGGGGAGCCCGGUAUAAUGUUCUUGGUAGCUAAAUUUGAUGGUAUUCUCGGUCUUGGAUUCGAAGAAAUCUCUGUUGGGAAUGCCACUCCUUUUUGGUACAACAUGUCACGUGGUGAAUCAGGAACAACAACGGCCAAGAAAACUCUGAUGUAUUCUCAGAAGACAUAAGCAAGUAUAUAUACAACGUAUUUGUCUGUAACCUAGGAUCUGAUGCAUAAGGAAAGGAAAUAUGUAACGUGAUAGUUUCCUUGUACAUCUGAUACUUCAUAUAUACCGUAAUACCCCUCCUCAAGUUGGAGCAUAAAGAUCGUGGAUGCCCAACUUGGAGAGAAACAAAUCGAACUCUUUUCGUCCGA